AUGGUGCGCGAACGCAGAGAUUUCAUCGAGUUGACGCCGAUCGAACGCAUGCGCUUGAUCGAUGCGUUGUGUUCGAAUUUGAGCGUGUUGAGCGCGAGCGUGACGGCGGCGGUGGUGAGCGGCGCGAGCGCGGAUGAGGCGCACGCGGAGACGAUGUUUGGGUAUCGACAGGCGUUGAAGGCGUACGCAACGUUUAUAUUCCACGUGUGCGAGGUGUGCGAAAAAGAAUCGAAGGAGUGCGCCGCGAUGGCGUGCGCGCAAAAGCCCGCGCCUGGCGCCAAGGGGAAGAAGAAGCAGACGAAUAAGGCAAAGUUGGCGGAGUGGGCGUGGGACGAACAGCGUGAGCGCAUCGUGCACGUCAUGGCUGGUGCCUUGGACAUCGAUUUGUGGCAGGUAUUCCGUCCGAAGCAGCCCGAGGAGGACUUCUUGAGGUUGUUUGUGCGUCUCGGGUCGAUGUUGCUCGAAAAUCCCGCGGCGUUGAAGAGCAAAGUGACGAAGCGCGCGGCGUUUGAAAUGAUGGGCUCUUGUGCGCUCAAGUGGGGCCAGCUCGAGCAAGUAACCACAGCGUUGAUUCAUCUACUGAACAAGUGCGAGCAUUUGUCCGGCCCAAUCGCGGAACUCGCGAGCGCGGCGGCUGAUAGAUUUGAAAACGCGCACCUCGCGGCGGCACUUAUUCGCGAGGUUGGGCGCGUCGAUCCUCAUGAUUACAAGCUGCAGCAAGCCAGCGACGCUGUCGGCGUGCGUUGUGUCGGUGCUUUCCUCAGUGAAAUCGCAGAACGUAUGCCAAAGACGACGAUGACGAACAUGUCCGUGCUCAUGCCUCAUUUGGAUGGCGAAGCGUACUCUUUGCGUUCUGCGAUAGUCUCUGUAUUGGGACACCUCUUGAUUUCGCAGAAGGAUGUCGUUGCGGUGAGCGAUCAUCACGACAACAGCACUGCGCCACUUCUACGCACGAAACAAGGGUUCUUAGAUCUACUCGUCGAGCGUGUACACGAUACGAGUGCGUUUACGCGAGCACGAGUAUUGAACACGUGGGCGACCAUGGCUGAAGCCAAGGCGAUUCCGUUGUCGCACUGGCUCGUCGUCACGGACCUCGCAAUCGGGCGACUGCACGACAAGGGCGCACUCGUGCGCAAGGCGGCUAUGGGUCUACUUGCAUCGCUUUUGGGGUUCAACCCUUUCGCUCCGCAACUUCCGAGCGCGACGUUUGCUGAAUCGUUGAAGGAUUACGAAGCCAAGCUCGCGUCGAUGACUCCGCCCGAAGAAGAAACGCCCGAGGAGAGCGCCGAAGGCAAAGAAUCGAACACCGAGGACGGAUCGCAGGAACCUCCGAAACAACAAGAAGGCGAUGCGAACGCCGCAAUCCAUCUCAAUGGCGGUCUCGAAGCAGUUCGCACCAUGGUUGCGGCGCUGAAAACCGCCCUCGGGUUCACGGUGCAACUCUCUGGCACGGUGGCAAACUUGAGCAAUCUCCUCACUUCCUCUGUCGCCUCCGACGUCACCGAAGCUAUUGGCUUACUCGUUCGCAUGCGUCAAUUUAAUGUCGAUGGUUCUACCGAAGGUGUUCGACGAUUGCUCGGCCUCAUCUUCUCUCGCGAUCAAGCCAUCAAAGACGCCGUUGUCGAAGCUGUGGAUGUGUUGUAUCUUUCGAACGCCGAGAGCCCGAUGCUCGCAGCAGCGGGCUUGAGCGAACUCGCUGCCACAGCCGCACUAGGUGAACUAGCGUCGCUUGAAGAUGUCCUGAAGGCGCUCGUCUUAUCGGGUCGAUUGCCGCCGACUGGCGCGGUGAUGAAGACUUUGUGGUCAAAUGUAUCGAGUGAUGAAUGUUCGAAUAACCGCAAGGCCGCGGCGCUUAAUGUACUCACGAUGUGCGCUCGUACGAGUCCUGAAAUCGUGCGGGGACAUCUCGGAACUGUGUGCGCCGCGAUCGAGGCUGCGCUAUCGGGCGAAAAGAAAUCUCCAACACUGUGCCGAGCCGCGUGCUGCGCGCUCACGGUGGUCCGAGGAAAGGAUGGCGAGCCUUUGGAGCUCAGCCACCCGGUAUUCGCUGAGCUUGCCAAGGUGCUUCAUCCGGCCGCUCCGCUCGCGGGUCGCGCGUGGUUUCCAUCCGCCGAACAAGCGAUUUCGGCUCUCUAUUCGCUCCAUCCCGACCCUGAGCAUGCGUCUUCGGAAGUCAUCAAGGCGUUCGCCGUUGCUACGUUCAAUGGCAACUCUAUGGACAAAAUACCUACUGCUGUGUUGGCACGGUUCUUGUUCGUUCUCGGCGAGGUUUCACUGAAACACUUGGUACACAUCGAAAAGCUCGCGCGCUCCGUUCGUCAAGCCAGAGUCGUUCGUGACCGCGAGGCGGCCGAGGCAAAGGAAAAAGGUGACUCGGGUGACAACGAUCUCGCCGCCGCCAUGGGCGAAGGUGCCGUCGCAGAGGAUCUCUUGUUAGACGCCACUCGAGAAAAGGCCGAAGCUGAGCUUCUCGCCACGAAAAAGGGCGCUGCGCGUGGGCUCGUCGCCAUAUAUGCUCCAUUUGUCGUGCAGCUUUGCUCUCACCCAGCAGUGGUGCAAGGGCCCGAACUUUUGCGCGGCGCUGCGCUCGCCGCGCUUACGCGCUUCAUGGUUUUGGACGCCAAAUUCUGCGAGGAUCAUCUCAAAUUGAUCUUUACUCGUCUCAAAGUCGAGUCCGACAAGGGUACUCGCUCCGCGCUUCUUGUCGCCCUUGGUGAUCUGGCGUUCCGAUUCCCCAACGCCGUCGAGCCGUGGACUGAACACUUGUACGGUAUCAAGGAAUGGGGCAACUCGUUGCACGACACCGACGCAAGCGUUCGACAACACGCCAUCACGAUGUUGUCCCAUUUGGUUUUGAACGAUAUGAUGAAAGUCAAGGGUCAUAUCAGCGAGAUGGCUCGAUGUCUGGAGGAUGUCGACCCCCGAGUCGCCGGCGUGGCAAAGCUGUUCUUCCACGAACUCUCUCAGAAGCACGGUAAUCCGAUUUACAACUUGCUGACAGAUUUAUUGUCUAGGCUGUCCUCCGACGAAGAUAUUUCUCCGGACGCUUUCAAGCGCAUCAUGACUCGUCUCGUCGGGUUCAUUGACAAGGAGCGUCAGGCUGAAGCAAUAUGCGAAAAGAUGUGCGCGAGAUUUGCCGAGGCGUGUUUGGCUGAAACACCGAAACCUGCGCGCGAUAUCGCCUUUUGCAUCUCGCAACUCAACCUCAGCGAGCGUGCUUUCAAGAAGUUCACAGAGAGUUGGAAGCAGUACGAUGCUGCCUUGUAUGAUCACGAAGUACAUGCGUGCUUCAUCGCGAUGUGUCACAAGCAGAAGCGCGCGGCAAAGCCCGAAGCAAAACAGUUUGUGGAGGCUUUCGAGACUAGGCUUAACGACGCGCACGUCGAACGAGCGGCAGCAUACAACGUGUCGGCGCGAGCUGAGGGUAAAGAAGAGACUGUUGUUGCAGAAAUUAAGAAAGAGGAAGAAGAACCUAGCGAGGAAAAACCUCAAACAGUGGACAACGACGAGGAAAUUCCAUCGGAAAUUGUCCGAACAGACAGCAAGACUUCCGAUGAGCAAGAAAACGUUGCGCCCGAUUUACCCAAGGUUGCGACGCCACCGACAAGUCCGCCGCGACGAUCGCGCCGUGCGGCCGCAUGA